AUGAAGAUAUGUUACGUGGGGAAAGCAACAAAGAUCUUCACCUUCAUAGCGACAGUGUUGGGGAUCUUGGGCCUUGUCUUGGGACUCGGGCUGUUUCGUCACGGCCUCCGAAAGCCGCACAAAUGCUCCGGCGACUCUUGCCCUUCUUCAUCCAUCGUCUUUCCCUCUUCCUUUAAUACGCCACCACCUCCUCCUCCUCCCGUCAAUGGGACCUUUAACCAGCCGCCGUCUCCUGCAUCCAGCCCACCAACUGCCGAUCCUACCGCUACUGCUUCACCUUCUCCUCCCCCGCCACAAUUCCCUCCACCUCCUGCUUCAACCGCGGUGUUGGCGCCGCCGCCCAACAAUCAUCCCAGUCCGGUAAUGGUGGCUCCAGAAACAGAUACCCACCAUUCAUAUUUGCAACAAAAUUAUCUUCCACGUUUGUCUUCACUUUCUCCUCUCCCAACUCACCACAACGCAUUUUUCCAUACCAGACAGCAAACCUCAGUGUUUUUGGAGGCAAAUGAGAGAACAACAAAAAUUUUGGGGCACAAACGAAAAAGUGAAGGGCACUUUCGAGUGAAACAAUUUGGAAGAGGAACUGCUGGUCUUCAGUUCAGCAAAGAGUCCAACAAUUUGUACAAUCUCAACUCCGACAAACAUCCUGGGUUGGCAAACAAGAAAAUAAUCACCAUUCAAAGUGGGGGCAAAGAUCAGUCUGUGCUGCAAGCAACAACCAAGACUAAGAGGCAGAACAAACCUUCCAUCUUGUUUCAAGAGUCUGUCAUGAAAAAAGAGUUCCCCAGGAUGGUCAAAGCAGUCAAAAACCAUGUGAAAGACAACUACUACAGGCCUUAUCUAACUAAAGUAGCCCUCACAAGGUUGAGUGACGUGCACAGGAUUCUGAAGGUAGAUAAGUCUGGUGUCAAGAAGAGGAACAGGCAAGCACUGAAGGUUCGUGGCAGGAAGUGAGCUAGACAGACGUUUCAAGUUGUAUGUGCUCUUCUAUUUUCAUUGUACCAGACAACUUUUACCACCUUUUUGAAAUUGUCUUUUUUUAUUAUUUUUGU